UAUCUGCUAGCUUACAGAAAAUUGCAUAUUUAAGCCUCUUGUUAUGAAAUAGCUACAUCAGUCUCUAAUUAAUGUGCUCCACACUCUGUCUGAGGCUGAUGCACCUCCACAAACAGUGCUUUGCUACUGUAUUACUUCUUCAGCAGGCAAAGGCAGCAGCAGCAGUAGCAGCACACUGAGAUGGUUAACACUGUACAUAACCUCCUCGCAAAUUGUACAGCUUCAGCAGCAACACAUCCAUUAGUCUGGAAAAGACAGCGUUCCCAAGUGGCUCCUGUGCAUUUCCCCCCCAAAUUCUCUUAUCGCCAGCCAAUCCUCUCAGCUCUUCCCCUGCAUGCAGGGAGUGUUCAGCACUAAUCAGGUCAAUGAUCAUCCCAAUACUCAGGGGACCUGACAUGAGCCUAUCGCCCUAGUUUGAUGAUCGCCCUGACCAGGAGGCACAGUGGCUGGAUGCUUUUUUUUCUGUUGAAAUAAAAAGAUCAUACUGGCAGUAUCCUCAUUCACUACAAGAGAAGCACUCAGGAUUUCAGCUUGUCGUUUCUCUUGGCUGUAUAGUCAGUGAGAGAGAGAAGGGGGGAGACCGAAAAGACAGCACAACAAGCAGUUUCUAUACCUGCUGGUGGGUGUUGGUAUGCCCAGAAAUCGUUACUGAUGCACUUGAUACUUGAGCUGUGGGACAGAACGCAUCUCAAUUAAGUAAUUCUGGACACACCUUGACUUUGAUGGGUCAUAUCAAGACAUUCCAAUUCUCCAAAAAAUUACACCACCCAGGGCACAUACAAUUCUUUUUAUUUUCAAACAGACCGGAAUCACAGUUUCUGAAUAUGAUGCCAUUCUUCUUGGAAUCCUUAUAUGAGAUAAAUAUGGAGCUGUGAAAUGCAUUAUCUGAUGUGGAAUUUAUGAAACUGUAAAUGCUUCCCAGGCACGGACCUUGGACUCAUUGGAUCUGUCAGCUAUGAUGGGGUUCUCAGAGUCUUUCUUUUAGUGUAUAAUCUAUUCGAUAUUUGGAAAGGAACUCUCUAAAAAAGAAAGGUAUCCAUUGAUGAAUGUUAAUAUGGUGACAAAUGUGACAAGUGAAGAAGUAAAAUUUGCAUGUGCAUUAUCACAGUAACAGCUCAAGGUGUGAGGUGAAGGAGACGUACUUUUCAAAGCUGGAUCCUACACUUUAGAUAUAAGUGUUGGAGUUUUAACUGCCUGGCUGUAAGCAAGUCUUUUCCAAUGCUUACAAGGAACUGCUUAUCGCUGCUUCUUUGGUUCCUUUUUGAUGGAGGUCUUCUAACACCACUGCAGUCACAGCAUCCACCACAGACUUCAGCAUCCAAGCAAAAAGAAAAUGUUAUUAUUACCAUGUCGGGAAGGAGAUCAGCGGCUCAGAGAGUUAAGCGUGGUUGGGUAUGGAAUCAGUUCUUUGUACUUGAAGAAUACAUGGGCAACGAACCACAAUAUAUCGGCAAGCUUCAUUCUGAUGUGGACAAGGGGGUUGGAUCUGUGAAGUAUACCCUUUUAGGAGAUGGAGCAGGAACAAUUUUUACAAUUGAUGACACUACGGGAGACAUCCAUGCUAUUAAGAGUUUGGACCGGGAAGAAAAGCCUUUCUAUACACUACGUGCACAAGCUGUGGAUAUAGUUACUGGGAAACCAGUUGAGCCAGAGUCUGAAUUCAUUAUCAAGGUGCAGGACAUUAAUGAUAAUGAGCCCAAGUUUUUGGAUGGUCCCUAUGUUGCCAGUGUUCCUGAAAUGUCUCCAGUUGGUGCCUAUGUGCUUCAAGUCAAAGCAACAGAUGCAGAUGAUCCUACAUAUGGAAACAGUGCCAGAGUAGUUUACAGCAUUCUUCAGGGACAACCAUAUUUUUCCAUUGAUCCGAAGACAGGUGUCAUCAGAACAGCUUUACCGAACAUGGACAGAGAAGUCAAAGAACAGUACCAAGUACUUAUCCAGGCCAAGGAUAUGGGAGGACAACUAGGAGGUUUAGCAGGAACCACUACAGUUAAUAUAACACUUACAGAUGUCAAUGACAAUCCACCCCGAUUCCCUAAGAGCAUAUUUCAUUUGAAAGUACCGGAGAGUUCCCCAGUUGGGUCACCUAUUGGUAGGAUUCGUGCCGUUGAUCCUGAUUUUGGAAGAAAUGCAGAAAUUGAAUAUAAUAUUGUUCCUGGAGAUGGUGGAAAUUUGUUUGACAUAAAAACUGAUGAAGAGACACAGGAAGGAAUACUCAUUCUUAAAAAGCCACUGGAUUUUGAGACAAAAAAAGCAUAUACUUUUAAAGUUGAAGCCUCUAAUACUCAUUUGGAUCAUCAUUUUAAUUCUGUGGGUCCAUUUAAAGACACAGCUACUGUUAAAAUAAACGUUUUAGAUGUAGAUGAACCUCCUGUCUUCAGCAAACAUUUCUAUACAAUGGAAGUAUAUGAGGAUACACCUAUUGGUACAAUAAUUGGGGCUGUAACAGCACAAGAUCUUGAUAUAGGAUCCAGCACUGUUAGAUACUCUGUUGACAAAAAAACUGACAUUGACAACAACUUUGCAGUUGAUCCAAGUGAAGGAACUGUUGCAACAAAUCAGCUUCUGGACAGAGAAAGUACACCACAGUUUAAUAUAUCUAUAAUUGCAAGUAAACUUAACAAUCCACAGUUGACCAGCUUUGUGCAGAUUAUUAUAAAUGUUUUGGAUGUCAAUGAAUUCCCUCCAGAAGUCAGCGUGCCAUAUGAGACGUCCGUCUGUGAAACUGCAAAAGCAGGACAGAUCAUCCAGAUUAUUGGUGCUGUUGACAGAGAUAUGUCACCUGCAGGGCAGACAUUUUCCUUCAAACUACCACCUGAUGCUUCUACAAACCCCAACUUUACCAUCCAUGACUACAAAAAUAAUUCAGCUGGAAUAGAAGCUCAAAGGAAUGGAUACAAUCGCAGACAGCAAGAAUUUUACCUCCUUCCAGUUGUGGUAGAAGACAGUAGCUACCCUAUCCAAAGCAGCACAGGAACAUUAACCAUUCGAGUUUGUAGAUGUGAUUCUAAAGGAGUUGUUGUAUCCUGCAAUGUUGAAGCAAUCUUCUUACCAGUGGGACUGAGUACUGGUGCUUUGAUAGCGAUACUCUUGUGCAUUGUUAUACUUUUAGUUUUAGUGGUACUUUAUGUAGCAUUAAGAAGACAGAAAAAGAAAGAUGCCCUAAUGACAUCGAAAGAAGACAUAAGAGACAAUGUUAUUCAUUAUGAUGAUGAAGGAGGUGGGGAAGAGGACACGCAAGCAUUUGAUAUCGGUGCUCUCAGAAAUCCAAAGGUUAUUGAAGAUAAUAAAGUUCGAAGAGACAUCAAACCAGAACCUAUUUGUUUGCCUCGUCAAAAACCACCAGCAGAAUAUAACAGUGACAUCAGAGAUUUCAUCAAUGAAAGGCUUCAAGAGCAUGAUGUGGAUCAAAGUGCUCCACCAUAUGACUCACUAGCAACUUAUGCAUACGAAGGCUCUGGAUCUGUAGCUGAUUCUCUCAGUACAAUUGAAUCACUAAGUGUGGAAAUAGAUCAAGAUUAUGAUUUUUUAAGUGACUGGGGGCCUCGUUUUAAAAGCUUGGCAGAAAUGUUUGGAGAAGAGACCUUCAACAAAGACAAAAUCACUUAACCUGCAGAAAAAAAAACAUUAAUGAUCAAAAGCUUUAUUUAAGACUGUAAAAUACACAAUUUUAUAUUAAAAUUCUUCAAUAUUUAUCAUAAUGUUGUUUUCUUUGCUUGUUUGUUUUACAAAAGAGACAUAAAAUCUGCAAAGAUAUUUAAAUAAUUGUUUUUGGUAUUUUUCACUAAAACUGAGAAAAACUCAGGUUUAUUACCUACAAAUUAUUGAUGUAACACUUUGGGAGAAAGGUGAUUUUAUGGCAUCAUGGUGGAAAGAGAGGUAGAUUUUCUUAAAUCCACUAAAGUGCCUACUGAAACCUGUAUACUCAUGUGCUGGACUUAUGUUAGUAGUAAAGAAUCAUGCAGUGGUAAAAUGAAAACAUAAUAAAGUAUAGAAAUGUGAUGUCAAAAAAAACAACCAGACAUUAUUUUAAAUAUUUUUACCUAAAGAAAUAACAUUUUGUGUUAUGCAGUUUUCUUCUUUUGGAAAAUCAUCUGAUCGUUCAUCUAGUU